AUGGUGGUCAUUGCCCUCGUCACCAUCUCCCGCGUUGCCAUGGGAAAUAUCGUUGAGGCUUGCAUAUCGCAGUGCGCCUGGAUCUGGAUUUCCAAAUCGCACCAGCGGCGCACCCACACCGUCGCCCGCCUGGAGGACUUCAAGCUCUUUGACGAGGCCUCACGCGGCUUCCUUGGCAGUGUGGCUCUCAUCUGGCGCAUGAAGGGACUGCAUUUGUCUUGCAUCGGUGCAACCAUCAUCAUCAUCACACACGGCUUUGAAACCUUCUCGCAGCAAAUGGUCGACUACGUCGCGAGGCCUGUCGUCUUCAAAAACGAGGCUGAGCGAUCCGCGCCGGCGAAUCUUCGCAGCGAUUACUGGGACAAUGUUGAGCAGCGAGAUUCGAGCACCAACUUGACUCUUCAACUUUCAACGAAAGCGGCCAUAUACACCGGAAUUAUUGCCCACGAGAUCCCAGUUUUAAUGCCAUCUUGUGAUACUGGUAACUGCAGCUGGCCCGUCUUUCCUUCGUUGGCUGUCUGCGGCGAAUGCAAGCCAAAAAGUGUGAUGGUUCAGUGCAACGGCGAAGGCUGUACUCAUUCCGUUUCUCCUAGUACCUCCGUCAUCGUCUUGCACGGCGAUGGAAACGAGGCUUUCAGGGUGCGGCCAAUCACGGAGCACCCGUCACUCAAAGACCAGGGCAGCACAGCUUAUCUAUCCGUUUUCGAGGCGUUGGCUGCUGCUGAGUACAAGUCGAAAUCAAACUCAACAGCCUUUGAGUGUGCUUUAUGGGCAUGUAUGCAAGCGUACGAUACGGCCAUGAAUGAUGGUCAUCUCAGCCAAAACGUCACCACCAUGUGGAAUGAAACGCGCGUAGAAAACGCGACAAGUGCUCACCUGGAGGAGUAUGUCUUUGUCAAUUUCCCGACCCAAAUGAACACCCUUGAACGCUCGAGGCACGCCAUCUCGACUCGUGCAGUUCAGGCAAUUCGCAGGUUCAUGGACGGGCUGACAGACGGAUGGUAUGAGGACAAUGUAGGCCGAGUCAGAUUUUCUUCCGACUGGGCUGAAGCAAUCCAUGAUGGGAUGCCGACCAUGUCAAAGUGGAUGGAGCAACUGACUCUUAGUCUCAGCAACGAAUUUCGGCGGCAUGGCAAGAUGCAAGAUGACCACAGUAUCAAAUACGAGGGAAGCGCCACGAAAAUGGCCAGUUUUGUCAAGGUGAAGUGGUUCUGGAUGAUCUAUCCUCCACUGUGUCUGAUUAUCAGCGUAUACUACCUCUUUGCCACCAUCCUUGCGGGGGUCCGCGACGACGUUGCGAUCUGGAAGGGCGAUUCCAUGCCGAUGCUCUUCAGCUGCAUUCACCCCGAUAUUCUGCAACUCGGAGCCGGCAAGAUGGACACCCACAAGGGACUAGAUGAACUUGGUCGCCAUGGCAUUGCGCUGGCCAAGGCCGAGUCCGGUGCGUGGAUGUUCGAGCCGACUGUCGGACCCGAGGAUCGACGGGGGCGGCUUCGGCGGGUAUUCCGAUGGCGAGACUGA